AUGGCCUCGUCGUCGUCCAACGUCGUCGGCGUCCACUACCGCGUGGGCAAGAAGAUCGGAGAGGGCUCCUUCGGCGUCAUCUUUGAGGGCACCAACCUGCUCAACAACCAGCAGGUCGCCAUCAAGUUUGAACCGCGCAAAAGCGACGCACCCCAGCUGCGAGACGAAUACCGGACAUACAAGAUACUUGUCGGCUGCCCUGGGAUUCCUAAUGUCUACUACUUCGGCCAGGAAGGCCUGCACAAUAUUCUGGUCAUCGACCUGCUAGGCCCCAGCUUGGAGGACCUCUUCGACCACUGCAAUCGGAAGUUCUCCAUUAAGACUGUUGUGAUGGUGGCAAAGCAGAUGCUCUCGCGAGUACAAACGAUACACGAGAAGAACCUGAUAUACCGAGACAUCAAGCCCGACAACUUCCUCAUCGGCCGCCCCGGCUCCAAAGCAGCCAAUGUCAUCCAUGUCGUCGAUUUCGGCAUGGCCAAGCAGUACCGCGAUCCCAAGACCAAGCAGCACAUUCCUUACCGAGAACGAAAAUCGCUAUCGGGCACUGCGCGUUACAUGAGCAUCAACACACAUUUGGGACGCGAACAAUCACGGCGAGACGAUUUGGAGGCUUUGGGGCAUGUUUUCAUGUACUUCCUGCGCGGCGGUCUACCGUGGCAAGGUCUAAAGGCUGCCACCAACAAGCAGAAAUACGAAAAGAUUGGAGAGAAGAAGCAGACCACUCCGAUCAAGGAUCUUUGCGACAGCUUCCCAGAGGAGUUGAACAAGUAUCUCAGCUACGUGCGAAAUCUCGGAUUCGAGGACACCCCGGAUUAUGACUACCUGCGUGAACUCUUCACCCAGGCCCUCAAGAGCACUGGAGAAGUCGAGGACGGGGAAUAUGACUGGAUGAAGCUGAACAACGGGAAAGGAUGGGAGGCAAUGAAGGCACACCCAUCAGCUGCCCAUCUCCACCACGCCAAUAUCAACCAAAACUCGUCGACCGCCGUCAACGUGCACGGCCAACAAGUUCGGCAGAAGGUACAAAUACCAGCGGACCGCCUGCACCAGGAGCUGCCAAAGCCCGGUGCCACUCGAGGCCCUCCGGGAGGAAACCGCCAUCCUCGCAACGUCGAUCAAGCAAAGUACCACCCGGACGCGGUCAAGCGGAAGAGUAUGGGGGAGCUUGGUCCGCCAGAGGGAUCCACACAGGCACAGUUUCAAAACAGCCAGCCGAACUUGGCGGGAAACCGGAUGACCCAGUCGACGCCGAUGACGGGAAACACACCGGGCCUUCAAUCAGUUGGGAGGGGCCAGCAGAAUGAACCGAAAGAAGGAGGAAUGAAGAAACUGAUGAGGGUGUUUUGCUGCGGUUAG